AUGCCUCCUGUUCUUCAUCAUCCUACUCUCGGACGCCGAGAGGAAACGCAGAGCAAGAUAUUUCCCAUCGUCUUCGCUGUCGUUGCUCUUCUUGUCGUCUUUGGUUGUAUCCUCUGGGCUGUGCACCGGUCCAAGAUGCAAAAGAAAGCCAACAGAAGUCGGUCAGUCAGCGAGCGAACGACAAGUUCAUCUCGUGUCAAUGACGGGUUCCACUUCCCCAGCCAUCCAGCUCUCCUUAGGGGCUUCAUCAAAAAGCCGUGGCCAACUGUUACUCACUACGACCCCAGAACUGAAACUCCAUUCCCAACAGUGGGCCCUUCACAAGACAACCCUUUGCCCUUCACAACGCCACGCUCAUCGUUGACCCCGACCAGCCAGCCUGGAAGCAGUCACGGUUUGUUCACACCCGCCAAAGCCGCCGCCCUACCCCACCAGAUUAUCACAUUGAAGCAGGACAAGACGGUCAAGUCACAGGCACAAGCGACAGGUACCAAUGAAGUUGAGAUGACAAGAUAUGGAGCAGGACAUGGAUAUGAUUAUGAUCAUGAGUACAUUCUUCCAGUACCUGAACCACUCGUACUCAAACCCAGACCUGCGGGAAGACCACCACCUCUCACGAGACAACUGGAAAGAUUCCCCGUACCCAUCGGAACCCUCAAGCGGAAUGACCUCUUGCAUCCUGUAAAAUUGUUUCAGGAAAUAGAGUCCAGAGCCUCCCAAUCAACAGUUGAAACUGUCGGUACACCAUGCCCCACUCCCUUCCUUGCGAGACAUGGCACUUUGUCAAGAGAAGCUAUGGGUGCAAAUCACGGAAAUGGUCAUGCCAAGAUCACCUUCUACGAGCGAAGCCGAGCAUUCAGCGAUACUGGUAUUGCUGACGAGAUGCCUGCCAAGAAGAUGCAAUUUAACAACAAGAACGAAGGAAAUCACUUUGUGGUCAAUGUCAGAGAGGAAAGCCGCAAGCUGGAGAGGACUGGAACUGUGACAAAGCCCAGAACACCUGUCGCUGAAUUGCGCGAACGUUUUGAUAUGAGUUCUACAAUCCCUGCAAACGGCAGAACCUGCGCAAAGGAAAAAGAUACCCCCUCCGUGAACCCCUUCGACACGCCGGGUGAUCGUUCUACACCACCAACAUCACCCGCUCGCCCAGAAAGCCCCAAUCUAUCUUUGGAUACACCAGUCCCUGAUCACAAUCCUUUUGCAGACGCCCAGGUCGAAGACUCAAAGAAUUCUGGCCUGUGCCAAGCCACAAGCUCAACUACCUCCCUUCUGGGAGAACAACGCGCGAUUCAAAACAAUAUGUCCACAGUCUCUAAUGACACCGAAAGCUUCUCCAAGAGCUUGAUUCCUGCACGUCUGAAUUUGACUGGGUCUUCAAACCGCAACAAGGCCGAAACCGUCUUGAAAGGCCAUUCGAUGUCGUCACUUUCAACGAUCCUCAGGCCGAUUCUGGCUCCAAGAAUCCACCAGAGUUAUCCUGUGAGCAGUGUCUACAGUCGUGACACAAGGGGAAUGAGUUUACUCCCUACUCCAACAAAUGACCGGUUUUCACAGCACCAUGCAGUCCAGCCUUCGUCCAUGAUUGAUGCAAGAAAUAUCAUGUCAGUCGAGAAUGUGCAAUCAAAGAUCGAUCAGUGGGACUUGCACACAACAGACCUAGAGAUUCUAGUCUCAAGGGCCACAAAACCAAAGCGAACCCUAUCCGACUACGGCACUCGAUGUCCAAUGUUCAGAGAUUGCGCCAGUUCGGCCUUGACACAGCCACUCCGGAUCCGCCAACCGGCUGAUGAGAACACUGUAAAUCCGACUUAUCAAGUGCCCACCACAUGCAAUGAAUCCAACAUGCUCAAACAGGAUCCGAAUGACUUGGGAGCCAAGAAGAGAGAUCAUGCUCAUCAUUUUGGAGCCAGCGAACAAACGAAGGAGGAUCUGUCUUGCGAAUCUACUCAAGGUGAAGGACUUCGAGGUGUGGCAUGGCUAUGA